GUCUGCCUGCCCUCCCCGAUUAAACUAAACAAAUCAAUCGGCCGCGGGCCUGCGCCGCACUGUGCGCGUGGCCUCCUGAAUCAUUGCCUGCUUUUGCUUUCAUUAUCAGUAACGCAAUCUGUCUUCUUCCUCGGGUCCAUCAGCUCUGAAGCUCGGCGGGGAGCUGCCAUUUGUUGAGCUCAAGCCUACCAUAUUACGCAAUCCUCCGCCGGACUCUUGUGUGGCCCGGUCUGGUGCUUCCUUGUGGCUGAGUUGCUUCUUUCUUGUUCUUCUUCUUCUUCUUUUGGCGGCGGCGCUCAAACCCUUCUUCCUGCUGACUGCGAGAGAGGGAGCUCUCCGAGUCGUGGAGGAACCUACAACGCGUCUGCACAAUCCAUCAGGCUCAGAGGCUGCAUUUUCUUGGCAUUCGGGAGAUCCUGGUUAUUCUCCAAGGGUCGGCUCGACGGGGAAGAUGAGAUCUUUUCCGCAUCUGCUGCUGAUUCUGGUGGUGUUCCUGAUCCUGGGCAACGCGCGAGCACAAUCCAAGCCGCUUCUGAUCAACUGCGGCUCGGAUUCCAGCGCCGACGUCGAUGGCAAGACAUGGGUGGGGGACUCCCGUCCUGACGGCAGCAACUUCACUGUCAGUUUACCUGGUGCCAUUGCCCCGGCUCCGAAAGUUUCUGCUGGAGAGGAUGUGUAUGGGGAUCUGUACAGGACUGCUCGCGUCUUCAACGCGUCGUCCAGCUACAGGUUCAGGGUUGCCGCCGGAAGCUACUUCCUCCGGCUCCAUUUCAGUCAGCUGUUCAGCAAUCUCAGUUCCAAGGAAUCGGUUUUCGAUGUCACGGCCAAUGACCUGAAGCUGAUUUCCAAGUUCAGUGUCCCUGGAGAGGUCUACUGGAGGAACUCCAAGAUCAACUCCACCAGCAACGUCAUCGUGAAGGAGUACCUUCUGAAUGUCACCUCUGGGAAGCUGGAGGUUGAGUUUGCUCCUGAUGCUGGGUCGUUUGCCUUCAUCAAUGCAAUGGAGGUUGUGCCUGUGCCCGGCAGCUCGGUCUUCGAUUCGGUUAACAAGGUGGGUGGUGUUGGGUUGAAGGGCCCUUUCAGCCUUGCAGAUAGUGGCAUCGAGACCAUGUACAGGGUGUGUGUUGGAGGCGGCAAAAUUGAGAGGAAGGAGGAUCCUCGCUUAUGGCGGAAGUGGGAUUCAGAUGAGCAUUACAUAUUCUCUCUGAAUGCUGCUCAUGCUAUCAAAAACACAUCCAACAUAAGCUAUGUGUCAGGUGAUGACUCAACCUCUGCACCACUAAGGCUCUAUGAGACGGCCAGGGUAACGGAGGAGACAUUCGUAGUGGAUAAGAAGUUCAAUGUGUCAUGGAGGUUCAAUAUAGACCCUGGCUUUGAUUACUUGGUCCGGCUGCAUUUCUGUGAGCUGGAGUAUGAAAAGCCGGAGCAGCGCAAGUUCAAGAUCUACAUAAAUAGCAAGACUGCUGCAGAGAACUAUGAUGUGUUUGCAAAAGCUGGGGGCAAGAACAAGGCUUUUCAUGAGGACUUUCUUGAUGAUGCCUCGUCGCAGACGGAUACCCUUUGGGUUCAGUUGGGUUCUGAGUCCUCUGCAACAAGCGCUGCAGCUAGUGAUGCACUUUUGAAUGGCAUGGAAAUCUUUAAGGUCAGCAGGGAUGGAAAUCUUGGCCAUCCAACAAUUAGAAUUGGGGGUAUGAGUGGUGGCAUGAUGAAACCAAAGCGUAGCCCCAAGUGGGUACUAAUUGGUGCUGCUGCUGGUCUGGUGAUGUUUAUCUCAAUUGCUGUUGCUGUUUAUUUCUGUUUUUACCUUCGACGGAAGAAAAAUACCACAGCUAACAUAACAAAGGCCAACCCACCGGCUACACCCAUGGCUACAAAUGCUCGAGCCUCCCCAACUCUCCGCACGACUGGAACAUUUGGUAGCUGCAGGAUGGGCAGGCAAUUCAGUGUUGCAGAAAUCAAAGCAGCCACCAUGAACUUUGAUGAGUCUUUGGUGAUUGGAGUUGGGGGUUUUGGCAAGGUCUACAAGGGUGAAACUGAAAAUGGCACUCCAGUGGCAAUCAAGAGGGGCCAUGCACAAUCUCAGCAGGGUGUCAAGGAGUUUGAAACUGAGAUUGAGAUGCUCUCAAGGCUGCGACACCGGCACCUUGUGUCCUUGAUUGGUUACUGUGAUGAGCAAAAUGAGAUGAUCUUAGUUUAUGAGCACAUGGCAAAUGGCACAUUGAGGAGCCACCUUUAUGGAAGCAACCUUCCUGCUCUUACAUGGAAGCAAAGGCUUGAAAUCUGCAUUGGUGCAGCAAGGGGGCUUCACUACCUUCACACUGGACUUGAGAGGGGCAUUAUCCACAGGGAUGUCAAGACUACCAAUAUUUUGCUGGAUGAUAAUUUCGUCGCGAAGAUGGCAGAUUUCGGUAUCUCAAAAGAUGGUCCACCAUUGGAUCAUACUCAUGUUAGUACUGCUGUGAAAGGGAGUUUUGGUUACCUUGAUCCAGAGUACUUUAUGAGACAACAGUUAACACAGAGUUCAGAUGUGUACUCUUUUGGUGUUGUGCUGUUUGAGGUGCUAUGCGCUCGACCAGUCAUCAACCCGACAUUACCAAGGGAUCAGAUAAACCUUCCUGAGUGGGCUUUGAAGUGGAAAAGGCAAAACUUACUUGAGACCAUAAUUGAUCCUCGAUUAGAUGGAAAUUACACACCGGAGUCCGUCAGGCAAUUCAGUAAGAUAGCAGAAAAAUGCCUUGCAGAUGAGGGGAAGAGCCGGCCAUCAAUGGGUGAAGUCCUGUGGCACCUAGAGAACGCUUUGCAAUUGCACCAAGCGCAUCUGCAAAGUGCAACUACUGAUGGUCUAUCAGGACAUGAGCUGAAGCGCUCUGAUUCAUCUACUGAUAUGCGGUGCAUGUUUGAAGAAGAAUCUGCUCAUUCAGACUGUCAGGAUGCAGAUGGGGAAGCGGUUGAUAUCAAAAUUGAGGUGCCAGGGGCUGUUUGAAUUGGUGGUCUCAAUCGACUGAAUAGGGUGAGUGUCCAAUUAACAAUAUUGCUCAGCUGCGCUACCAUCUGCAGUACUGUAAACACCAUAUAUGGUUACCCCAACAAUAUACUGAAAUUCUUUUUGUUCAGUGGGGUUGAUUCUUUCUUUUCUUUUCACUUGUUCUAUGCUGAUGUAGAAAGUGCUAAAUUUGAUUGAUUAUUUUGUAUUGUUCUGGAAAGAAAUGCAUUGGUAUGCAUUACUUGAGAGAUUUCUGCAUG